CGAGGCCUCUACUCUUCUCGCUCUUCGUCUUCACCUUUCUUCACCAUCGUUUCAGUUUUCCCGAUCCAGAACUCCACAAUCAAUACUCCACUACAUCUCCAUCCAUCAAUUCCUUCUUUAUGAUUUCGAUUCCAUUUAGAUUGGUUAGGGUUUAGAUCUCGAUUUGCUCAAUUUGUUGUUCGUUUGCUUUUGUGGGUGGUUACAGUGAAAGUGUUAUUAGCUUAAACGAUGGAGAAGGUGUGCGAAGAGCUAGACGAAGUCAAAGCCGCGAAUGAGAAGCUCAGAGGAAUCUUCAGAGCCAAAACGAAGCUUCUUGAGAACCUAAAGAAGCUUCAGAACAAGCAGUUGAUAGAGAUUCAAGAGGCGAGAUCUGUAAUCGAGAAGCAAGGUUAUGAAUCCGAGGAGACUCUAAUGCGCGAGGAAAAGGACUAUUAUGAGGAGGAUUCAUCAGAAAAGGAAGAACCUUUUGAUGGGCCAUGGAGCAGAAAGGUAAAAGAUAGGAUGUCUGCGCAGAACAAAAGUGCCCGUCAUUCAGGUUAUGUUGUUGAUUCAGGUUUGGAGUUUCCUAGGCAGUGGCAGCCGCAGCUUACGAUUGUAGAACAGGAUAGAUAUGGCAAACCAAAGUCCAAACCGAAGACAGCAACACUGAAAUUUCCUUUUGAUAAAACGUCUGUUGGGCCAUAUGCUUCAGGUUGUAAUGGGUUAGGUAUGACCUCUGCAUACAACACCUCUUCUCUCGCUAGGCACAAGUAUGGUUCUCAUUUGGUUCUUGGGUCAGAAGAUAAUAUGGAUGAUGAUGACCAGGAUCCACUCUUUGGAACAGGUUCUUGGCGGGAUCAGGAUAUUGUUGUUAGAAAGAAAUCUGGAUUCUUGAGGCUUGGAAAGAAACAUAAGUUUUCCAGGGAGGGAGAAAUGAAUUCCGAACAUUUCAUGGGUCCACCAUAUUCAGCAAGGCAGUCCCACAGCAAUGUUGCAAAGUCAAGCAAAUAUGCAAAUCAAAUGAAGCCCGUAAAAGGUAGUCUGGCAGACCUUCGUGGGGACUUCUAUCGGCAUGCGAAGUAUCAUGGAGAUGGAUUUUCGGUGGACCCCAGAUAUAUAUCUGAUGACGUGAAUGGUAAAAGCAGAAAAAGGAAGUCUGAGAGGGACUCACCUGAUACUAGGCAUGGUGUAGCUGCUGCUAAUUUUUUUACUCAGUUCUCACCUUGGUCAUCUUCUUUAUUGAAUGUCUUCUUCCAUUCACAAACAGGUUUGAAUUCUUGGACAUGGUGGUGAUGCACGAAGUGUUAUUGUGGGCACAAGGAAGGGCUUGUGAGGAACAUAUACUUCCCGUUUGACAUAGAAAGCGACACAGCAAUUAGCGUUGCAAGAGAGAUGGUGGAAGAGCUGGAGAUGGAAGACCGUGAUGUGACAAAGAUAGCUAACAUGAUCGAUGGAGAGAUUGCUUCUCUGGUUCCUGAUUGGAGAUCAGGCCUAGGGUUUGAGAGCAAUUUUUGCAACUGCGCCUCGAACCGGUCAGCUAUAGACUUCAACGUGAGGCAGUGUUGUACAAACAUGUGUGGAGAGAAGCAUGGACGGUUUGAGGAGAUCACUUCGGGACUACACAACUUUGGCAAAGCUUUAUAUUCCCAUGGAAAAAUGACAUUUUCGCUGUCUUUUGUUAAUAUGUGUAGAAUUAUUUACAGUCAUGUUGACAAACCAAGAAAUAUCACAGUAAUUAUUUAAUCAUAGCUCAUUAGGCCGGUGACUGUCUUGAAAUCA